CAUCUAUUCCUCCUCGGUUUUCUUCUUUGCCAUCACGAAAUAACAAACGUCAUAAACAUCCAACAAUACAACAAUUACAACUUCAGUGUCAACCACAAGAUUCUCUACCCGAUAAUCAUGUCAACAAUCAAACUAUUACUCAAAGUCCGUUAGAUUCAUUGCCAACACCUCAAUCACCAGAAACUUCUUCACCUUCUACCGAAACAUCUGAAAAGUUUAAUACUCCUACAUUUAUUUCUACCAUCAAAGCUAAUAAACCAUAUCUUAACAUGAACACAAACGCAUCUCGUUCUGUGCCUUCGCUUGCUACUACAAGGGAUACUGAUCUUCCUCCGACCCCAUCUACGCCUUCUUCUUUGAAGAAACUUCAAUUUUCUUCAAAUAUUCUUAUACAUGAAACUUGGACACGCGACGAUUACGAUCGUCGAGGCGAUCAGACAACUUGCAACAAGCUCACCCCUCUCCUUGCUCAAAAGAUUAAACAAGAAUUAAAUGAAUUCAAGUUGAUUGAGAUGCAAGUUCACGAAGACAGCAAAAAGAAUACCCAUUUUUUUGCUUAG